CGUCCGGCCGGGUCUGGCGGUGAAAAUCGGGGAACUUCCCACGCGCCUGUUCGCUACCGCGGCUGGGGUGCUGCGGGUUCUAGGCUGCCGCUCCCAGGAGGCGGCGGCGGCGGCCGAGGGAGAACGAGCCCAGCAGACCAGGGAGGAGGCUCGCCGGGAGCGGCGACCCAGCCGCCGGAGGAACCGAGCAUGGCGUGGCCGCCGCUGCUGUGGCUGAUUCUGCUGUCGCUGCCCUGGGUGCCCGCGGAAGCCGGGCCCGGCACGGUCGGCGUGGUGGCACCGGCGCAGAUGCGCGGCCUCCUGGGCGACACGGUCGAGCUGCCCUGCAAACUGCAGCCGCUGGAGCACGAGGUGCGCGUGACGCAGGUGACGUGGACACGGCGGGAUGCGGCGGGGGACGACCUCAACGUGGCGGUCUUCCACCCCACACAGGGCCCCAGCUUCCCCGAGCCCGGCCGGUUGGAGUUUGUGGCCGCCAGGCCGGGCAAGGAGCUGCGGGACGGGUCGCUGGCCCUGCGGGGCUUGCGCGCCGACGAUGAAGCCAACUACACCUGCCGCUUCGCCAUGUUCCCCGAGGGCAGCAGGAGCGCCCGCACCUGGCUCCGCGUGCUCGCCCAGCCGGAGAACAAGGCUGAGACCCAGGAGGUCCCGCUCAGCCCGCUCAGCCCAGAUCCUGUGCCUGUGGCCCGCUGCGUCUCCAGUGAAGGUCGCCCGCCCGCCCGGAUCUCCUGGUCACACCUGGAUGGGCAGGCCAAUGAGAGCCAGGUGCCAGGACACCUGCCCGGCACGUUCACCGUCAUCAGCCUCUUGACCCUAACUCCCUCAAGCCAGACAGAUGGCAAGACUGUCAUCUGCACAGUGGAACAUGAGAGCUUCAAGGAGCCCGUCCUUCUGAGCGUGACUCUCGCCAUGCCUUACCCCCCUGAGGUCUCCAUUUCCGGCUACGAUGACAACUGGUACCUCGGCCGCAGCAAGGCCACCCUGAGCUGUGACGUUCGCAGCAAACCAGAGCCCACGGGCUAUGACUGGAGCACGACCAAGGGGCCCCUGCCACCCUCUGCUGUGGCCCAGGGCUCUCGGCUCCUGAUCCAGACCGUGGACGAGUCCAUCAACACGACAUUCAUCUGCCGUGUCACCAACGCCCUAGGGACUGGCCAGGCAGAACUGACCAUCCUGGUCAGAGAAGAACCUCCCAACCAGACGCUACAACAAGGCUUGUCUGUCGAGAACAUCAUUAUCCUGACUGUGGGAGUCGUGGUCGGUCUGGCCCUGCUGGGGUUCCUGAUUUAUUUCCGGCUAUUUCGACGCCCCCGUCGGGACCAACACAGCUCUUCUGCUAAUGGCUAUGCCUCCUAUACGGCUGUGGACGUCAAUGCCAGGUCUACCCAGGAUCCACCGACAGAGAGCACAAGGUGACAGCGUCAGGACUGUUGGAGAGAGACACUGUGGCUGGGGCGGACUUGGACCUCGCAGCUGGCCCCUGGCCCCAGGGGACGAAGUCUCCCUCCAAAGAGACUGGCCACCCUUCUCAUGCCAGACCUCAAGAAUGUCCCCUCCGCCCUGCAUUGCAGUGGCAGGUGCAAGUUCAAGUGCCCGCAUGACCCCUCUCGGGUGCAGUCAUGCGCUGGAAGGAAUCGCAGCACUCAGGAAAGCCGUUGUGCUCACGGUUACGGUUUAUUACAAUGAACAGAUGGGGUUAAGGUGAAAAGCCUUAACCUGUGAAAAGCCACAUGGGGCACCAUCCGGGAGAGUCCCGCCACCAGCUAUCAGUUUACACAGACAGUGCUGAUUUCUCCCAGCAAUGAUGUGUGACAGCACACAGAGUCUCGCUAACCAGAGACGCUCACCUGAGCCUUGGUUUCCAGGUGGGACCCCACAGACUAUUCCAACUGCCAGAAAAUUUUUGUAAGAAUUUGAUUUUCUAGCCUUGAGCUUCUAAAUCUAUGUAUCCGUGGCAUCCCUGUGGUUACAAGAAAGAGCCACUGACCCUUGUCCAGAAGAGAACCCGAGGCUGGAGCUCAGCUGCUCAGGGCUGUUCAAGGAGCAGGAAAAAUGGUGGACAUGAACUUGAAGGAUGUGAGGUCCUGGCACCUUCUGCCAAGACUCAGGUCCCAGAAGAGCAUCUGUAGCCAGCGUGCUGGGCUUGGCGGGACCCCGGAGAAUGGGAGCCAGUAACCCACCAAGGAAAGCAAAGUGUCAAAAACAAGGAGGAAGAGGUCCUGGAGGAGCAGAAGCCACAGCUGUGCAAGACAAUGGACGGCCUUCAGACCAGGGAGGAUACAGCCUAAGGUUCCGGAAGCAGAGCUGCUCAGAUGCAACGGACCCGUUUCCUUUAUAACAGACUCUGAUCUCAGGAUCAGGCACCAGAAUUCCUCUUACAGCAAGACCCAUCUGUUGGUGAAGUACUUGGCAGGAAAUAAGACCGUGGGCCAGGAUGCUAAACUAGAGCAUGAGGCAUGAGCUGCUGUGCAAGAGAAAACAAGUCCUUGGGAUCUGUUCUGGACAGAAGGGAGAGUGUGAACAGAGAAGAAUGGGAGGAGUGAGGGGCAAGGGUGUGGCAAGGCCCAUCAGGCUCCACAGUGUCAGGGAGAUGCUGCUACAUAAACCCUUGUCCAUCCCCAGCCACAAAUACUUUAUUAAACUUAAUUUAUUACACCUUGA